CCAAAACAACGAGUCUAGUGUAGUUGUUAGGAGUUAGGAAAGUUUACGCUUUCAGUUGUGAAACGAUGGUGGAAUCAUGUUUGUUUUGGAUUUUUCUGUGGGUUGCUUCUGAUAGCGUUUCAGCCAAUUAUGUACUAUCAAACGAAUCGUUUACGUGGCAAGAUGCAAGGGGAAAAGGCAAUUUGGCAGCACCAAAGAUACAUGUAAAUAAUUCAUCAAUUAUUGUUGAAGAAGUUUCUAACCUAAAUGACAAUGAAGAAGCAUGGGUUGGAUAUUACAUGAAAGAAACAGCAUUUGCAUACAUUGGAUGUGGCUCUUUAAACAAUACAGAACCAGAUGUUUUAUUGCCGGUAUUGAUGAAUACCCCAGGCAUUUGCUUUUCAAUGUGUCAUAAAUCUUAUACAAAAUAUGUCGGGUUAAACAAAGGCAAGUGUAUUUGUUUAAACGAAAAACCAAGCAAGAACAUAAAUCUGCCUAAAUGUGAUAUUUCACCUAAUAACGGAACUUGGGUAGCUGGUGGAGGAGAUGAUUAUAUGUCCAUAUAUGAAAGAAUGAAAACGGAUACUAGUGUAAUAGGCAGCAAGAACAACGGAAAGUGUCUUGCUUAUGAAAAAAACACAAAAGGUGUAUGGAGUAUGUGCAGCACAGCGUAUAAAGUACUAUGUACGAAAGAUCCUAAUAUAUCCAAUGUUGUAUUUGAGGAUGUAAGAUAUGUUGGUUGGAACAUUUAUGUGCAAACAUGUUUUGAAUUUCAACGUUUCCCGAUUACCUAUAAUGACACGUUGAGUGUAGAAGUGAAUCAAAUUACUGGUCAAUUAUGGACGAAUAUUAUACGUAGUGAUGUGAUAUUCAAAUCUGAUAAUACUUUCAAAAGUCAAAUUCAUCGAAGUAACGUUAAAGGGUAUGGAUAUGUUACUAAACAUGGGAACAUUACAACUCUUUCAUUUACCUUGAACAGAACAAAGAAACCAUAUUUUCUUCAAACACGAAUAUCUACGCAUACGACUACUCCAUUUACAUCAAGAAUAACUGACAGAACAUUAACAUCUAGUAUCCAGAAUGAAUUUAUAAAUAUGACGAAAGGCUUUCAAUCAAAUGACGAAAUUAGUGCACUUGAAAGUUCCAAUGUCAGUAUCCUUGUCAGUGUUUCAGUUGUGAUUUUACUCUUAGUGGCAGCCAUUGUUAUUGUCAUAAUAAUGUUGAAACGACGAGGCAAAAUUCCAAACAUGUGUUUUAAAAGUUCUUCUCGGAAUGAUUCAUUUAAAGAAACUGCCAGUAAGAAUCAAGCUGAAAACAAUCUGUAUAAUCAAUCUCUAGGAGCUGAAAAUGAACAAAUAAACGAUUUUAAAGGAAACGAUAACGUAAACCUUCAUCAAGAUCUCGACGUAGACAAUAGUAAUUAUGCACAUAAUUACUUCAUUCUUGAACCAGGCUCCAAAGAAUCUCAUGCCAAUGGUGAUAUUUCAAAUUCCAGGAGAGAUGGAAGAGGUGUCAACGACGAUUAUAAUAUAAUACAUUUCAAUAAAAAGUUUGGUACCCAAUUUGAUAACGUUUAUGACACCACCGAGAAUGCAGCUAUAAAAAUAAAAGCAUUACAGAUUACUGAAUGUGUAAAAGAAUUAUCUGAAACAUUAAACGAAACUGAAAAAUAUAAUCACAUAACCAGAAACUUUAUGAACAAUGAUAAAACAGACAAUAUCUAUGGUGUACCUGACAAGCAAGAAAACGAUUAUGAUGAUGUUAAAAGGGAUUAUAAAAAUCUGCGUGUUGAGGAUGACACAUACAGUCAUUUGAACGGUACCUAUUGAGAGCAAAAAAGCGUUGUUUUGAAACUCUUAAAACUGUUUGCGUUAGUAAUUAUCAACUAAAUCAUUUGCCUGUUUCAAGCUCAGGUUAACAAAAAAAUCCAUCUCAAAAUUAGUAAUAUUUAUUCCGGGAAAUUAAAUGACUUCAAUUGAUUAGUGAAAUUGAUUAUUGAACGAUUUUGAGCAUCUAUCUGCUUCUUUUUGAAAAAAUAAUACUGCAUGCAGGGACACAACUGAGAUCCUCCUCCACUAGGAAAACUAGAUCUUAAAUGUACACGUGUCGGUGUGAGUUCAUCCUUCGGGAUCAUUGAUGCCAACACGAAUUGAGUACCGCUUAAAACGGUGCACUUAUUCAUAGACUCAAUCAAACCGAGUCUGCAGUUCUCUUGUAAUUUUGUUGUAAUUAAUGCUUCCGAGGGAUCACUUUGUUUCCAGAAUUUUAUACUUUACAACAGCAGGUGUCAAGUGCUGUGUGGCAGCUGUAAGAAGUUGCCCCAUACUUCACUUUAGUGUUGUUAUAUUUUCUCGCUCUUCGGGAUCAUUGAUGCCAGCACUAUUAAGUUUUGAGAAUUGAGUACUGCUCAAGCCGGUGCUAGGGGGCGUGAGGGAUGUUGCACUUAUUAUUUAUCCCUCAUGUACAGACUCAGUCUGAGUCAUCAGUUCUCUUGUAAUUUUGUUGUGAUUAAUGCAUCCGAGAGAUCACUUUGUUUCCAGAAUUUUAAACAAAUACAAAUAAGAUAUUAGCCUAUAAAAAUUGUUUGAAUAAAAAAAUACUACACUGCAAUAAUUCAUAUUAAUCUUACAAAACAUAAAAUGUAUUCAAUGUAAAGCAUUUCAAUUGAUUCAAUGUAUAUUAUCCUCAUUCCGAUAUUUUGAAAUUUAAUUUAAUAAAUCUGUAGUAUUUGCUACUCACAUUUCGCAAAGUUGUCUUCACAGUAUGUAGAAUAUCUAGUAAAAGUCUUUGAAGAAAAUCGAUAAAGGUGAUAUCAAAGUAAUAUUUUAGAGCCUUUUUAGUUCACAUGAACCUUAUAUGAUGAUCAAAACUUGUCGCUAAUUGGUUAUAAUGGCGGUUUGUCAGUCGUCCACUUCUCCGAAUAAUUCUUACGCUCUAAAUUUGCACCACUACAAUAUUGCAAUCUCUUGGCCUUUGUUUGUUGAUGCUAUCAUGAGUAACAAAGUUUUAAUCUCCAAAAGUUCAAGUUUUAAAGGUUUUUAGUUUAGCUGGUACUACAUAAACCGUUUGUCAACAAAAGUACCAACCCACUGACUAAAACUCAGAAAUGGACAUCAUGGAGACAAAUGUGCGUUCUUUUACAUUUGUUUGGUCAUGGAUUGCGUGUUCGUCGAAUAUAUGUUAAUGAAAUAAUAAUAAACGAUUUUAAUGCAUGUUA